CUUGGGAGCCAUAUUGAGUAAGGGAAGCAGAGAAAGGCUUCUAACCAAUGACGUUUGACUUCCAGAAGUUGUUGCGUGCGGUGUACGUCAUCGCCAGGCACUGCACUAGAAACAUGACCACUUUGCAAGAGGUUUCCAAACCUCUGAUUGCUGUUUGCCAGAUGACCUCCACUUCUGACAAGGAAAAUAAUUUUUCUACUUGCUUGCGGCUAAUUCAUGAAGCAGCUUCGCGUAAAGCUUGUAUGGUGUUCCUCCCUGAAGCCUUUGACUACAUCGGGAGCAGUAAAGAGGAGACCCUGAGCUUGGCUGAAACACUGGAAGGUGACCUUAUCCAGCGCUACACUAACCUCGCCAGGGAACUAAAGAUCUGGCUGUCCCUUGGAGGAUUUCAUGAGAAAGGACCCAGGUGGGAUCAAGACCGUCGAAUCUACAAUUCUCACCUUGUACUGGAUGAUACAGGUCACAUUGUAUCUGUAUACCGUAAAACGCACCUUUUUGAUGUAGAUCUUCAAGGCAAAGUGUCUUUGAAAGAGAGUGAUUUCACGAUCCCAGGUGAAGGGCUGGUCCGUCCUGUGUCCACUCCAGCAGGAAAGGUUGGUCUAGGUGUAUGCUAUGACCUGCGCUUUCCUGAAAUGUCCUUAGCACUGGUCCAAGAAGGAACACAACUCCUUACCUAUCCUUCAGCAUUCACAGUCACCACUGGGCUUGCACACUGGGAGGUUCUCCUGCGAGCUCGUGCAGUGGAAAAUCAAUGCUACGUUGUUGCUGCAGCACAGACGGGUAGUCACAACCAAAGACGAACUUCAUAUGGUCAUGCCAUGGUAGUGGACCCAUGGGGUUUGGUUACUGCACAGUGCCAGGAGGGGGAAGGCUUGUGUUAUGCAGAGAUCAACCUUCCCUAUCUAAAUCGUAUUCGACAGGAAAUGCCUGUGCAAUGUCACAGAAGGACAGAUUUGUAUGGUAAAAUUACCAUGAAGACUUCUAGUUGAUUCUUCUUUGUUUUUGUGGGUUUUGUCUCAGCAAGAAAUAACAUUCAACAACUGUAUUAAUAAAUAAAAAAAUUCUAAUUA